UCUGUUUGCACUAUAAAUACAGGAGUCAUUAGCUAUGUAAUUCAGCAAAAACUCAAACCCCUUCAAUUUAAAAUCUCUUGUUAGAAUUUGAAGAAGAUGUCUAGCUGUGGAUCAUCAUCAUGUAGCUGUGGUUCUGGCUGCAAGUGUGGCAGCGGCUGCAGCUGUGCUCACCUUGACCUUGAAAACAGCACAACUGCUACACUUAUCGUCGGUGUUGCACCAGUGAAGAGUAACUUCGGUGGGGAAGAGCAGAGCUUUGGAGCAGAGGGAGGGCACGCCUGCAAGUGCGGAUCAAGCUGCAGCUGUGAUCCAUGCAACUGCUGAUCAUCUUCAUCAAGUAUGAUAUUAUGGAGAGUACCAACAAAGACUUAGCAGGUGUCACUGUGUUUUAUUCAAGUUCAGUAGAACUAUAUGAAUGUCAAAUAAGACUGAUGAGAUCUAUACAUCUAAAAUUUCCAUAGAUUUGGAUGUUGAUGAUGUGUUAGACCAGACUAUCCUUGUCACCUUGUGUAAUUAUGUCGUCCCAAUGUAAUUAACUGCUAUGUUGGUAUAAAUCUCUGUUUUUAUAUUUCUUUU